CCUAGCAUUUCUGAGUAAUUUAGCCCACAUCAUAAUCUGCAACCAUGAAGUGGGUGACAUUAAUUUCAUUCAUUUUCCUCUUUACUUCUGCUGCAUCCAGGAAUCUGCAAAGAGUUGCUCGAGAUGCAGAGCACAAGAGUGAAAUUGCCCAUCGCUUCAAUGAUUUGAAGGAAGAGACAUUUAAGGCAGCCACCAUGAUCACAUUUGCCCAGUAUCUCCAGAGAUGUUCUUACGAGGGCCUGUCUAAGCUGGUGAAGGAUGUUGUUGACCUGGCGCACAAGUGCGUGGCCAAUGAGGACGCUCCUGAGUGCUCAAAAUCACUGCCCUCCAUUUUCCUGGAUGAAAUCUGCCACAUCGAAAAGCUCCGCGACUCCUAUGGCGACAUGGCUGACUGCUGCAGUAAAGCUGAUCCUGAAAGAAAUGAGUGCUUCCUGUCAUUUAAAACUCACCAUCCAGACUUCAUUCAGCCAUACCAAAGACCAGCUAACGAUGUGAUAUGCAAGGAGUACCAGGACAACCGGAUGUCACUCUUGGGACAUUUCAUCUAUGCUGUUGCAAGAAGAAACCCCUUCUUGUAUGCCCCAACCAUCCUCAGUCUGGCUGCUGAUUACGAGCAUUCGCUUCAGAGCUGUUGCAAAGAGAGUGAUGUUGGCACUUGCUUGGAUGAAAAGGCAGCGGUCAUAAAAGAAAGAGCCAAGAAAGUCAGUCUGAAGCAGCUGCAUUCUUGCGGAAUCCUCAAGAAGUUUGGCGAGAGAACUUUCGGCGCAGAUAAACUUGCUCAACUGAGCCAGAAAUAUCCCAAGGCUCCACUCCCAGAAAUUCUUAAAAUUCUGCAUGAUGUUAAGGGUGUCUACAAAGAGUGCUGUGAAGGGGACAUGGUCGAGUGCAUGGAUGACAGGGCAGAGCUUGUGGUCUAUGUGUGCUCUAAACAAGAUAUUCUGUCAAGUAAAAUCAAAGAGUGCUGUGAGAAGCCGGUUGUGGAACGAAGCCAGUGCAUUAUUGAAGCAGAUUUUGAUGACAUACCUGAAGAUCUUCCUUCACUAGUUGAAAAAUAUGUAGAAGAUAAGGAAGUAUGUAAACACUUUGAGGCAAACCAUGACGGAUUCCUGACAGAGUUUAUUUAUGAAUACGGACGAAGACACCCCGAGUAUUCCACACAGCUGAUUCUGAGAGUUACUAAGGGAUAUGAAGAACUCCUGCAAAAGUGCUGCAAGACAGACAACCCUGCUGAGUGCUACGCACAUGCUCAAGACGAAUCAAAGAAACAUAUCAAAGAAACUCAGGAUGUUGUAAAGACAAACUGUGAGCUCCUCACUGCCCAUGGCGAGGGAGACUUUCUUAAAGGACUUCUGAUCCGCUACACCAAGAAAAUGCCUCAAGUAUCAACUGACACCUUGCUUGAACUUGGAAAGAAAAUGACUACCGUUGGUACGAAGUGCUGCCAGCUUCCUGAAGCGAGACGCCUGCCUUGUUCCGAGGGAUACCUGAGCAUUGUGAUUCAGGAUAUGUGCAGGAGACAGGAGACCACACCUAUAAACGACAACGUCUCACACUGCUGCAGCGACUCCUACGCCUACAGGAGACCGUGUUUCACUGCCAUGGGAGUAGAUACCAAAUAUGUGCCUCCACCAUUUGACCCCGAGAUGUUCAGCUUUGAUCAAAAAUUGUGCACUGCUUCUCCUGCCGAGCAAGAAAUAGGGAACAUGAAAUUGCUUAUCAACCUCAUUAAACGCAAGCCCCAGAUGACAGAAGAACAAAUAAAGACAAUUAUUGGUGGUUUCACUGCCAUGGUAGACAAGUGCUGCAAGCAAGCAGAUGUUGAGACAUGCUUUGGGGAAGAGGGUGCAAACCUAAUAGUCCAGAGCAGAGCUACAUUAGGAAUUGGCGCGUAACACACAGUUGCCAGUGGGAAAAAUAUGAAGAAAAAUACUUCUGUGUAGCUUCUCCCUCCCGCUACCUUUUUUCCUUUGGUAUUGAAUGAGUAUUUCAUCAAUCUUCAGUGUUUUGUCAAACCACGUGCUUUUCCAGAAACUUUUCAGUUCUAUUACUUUGAAAAAAAUGAAGAAUAAAUAAAAGCUUUACAAAUCUG